CAUACAUGGAUGAAUGAAAAGCAAAAUGUAGUUUUUGUCACACAGUGGGAUGUUUUUCAGCCCUAAAAAGGAAUGAAAUUCUGACACAUUGUACAACAUGGAUAAACUUUGGAGAUAUUAUCCUAAGUAAAAUAAGCCAGUCACAAAAGGACAAAUAUUGUAUGAUUCCAUUCACAUGAGGAACCUAGUGUAGACAAAUUCAUAGAAAAAGUAGAAGGGGAUAGGGGAAAAGAACUAUGGGGAGUUAGUGUUUAAUGGUGUAGUUUCAUUUUGGGAAGAUUAAAAAGUUCUAGACAUGGAUGUUGGUGAUGGCUGCACAACAAUGAGAAUGUACUUAAUACCACUGAACUGGAUACUUAAAAAUGGUUAAAAUGGUAAAUUUUAUGUUAUGUGUAUUUUACCGCAAUUGUUUUAAAAGUCCUCUAUCCUGUGCCCACAGGGACUCCCCCUCCCAUUGCAAGACAGUAUGGCCCUGACCACAGAGUUGAGGACACAGCUACAACUGAGAGAGGUGGCAGGGAUCCCCCUGCAGGCUAGCACUGUGGACAACUGGAGCCAGAUCCAGAACUUUGAGGCCAAGCCAGAUGAUCUCCUCAUCUGUACCUACCCUAAAUCAGGGACCACGUGGAUUCAGGAAAUUGUGGACAUGAUUGAGCAGAAUGGAGAUGUGGAGAAAUGUCAGAGAGCCGUAAUUCAACACCGCCAUCCAUUCAUCGAGUGGGCUCGGCCACCCCAGCCUUCUGGGGUGGAAAAAGCCAAAGCAAUGCCCUCUCCACGGAUACUAAGGACUCACCUUCCAAUUCAGCUCUUGCUUCCAUCUUUCUGGGAAAAUAACUGCAAGUUCCUUUAUGUGGCUCGAAAUGCCAAAGACUGCAUGGUUUCCUACUACCAUUUCCAAAGGAUGAAUCAAAUGCUUCCUGACCCUGGCACCUGGGAAGAGUAUUUUGAAACCUUCAUCAAUGGGAAAGUGGGCUGGGGUUCCUGGUAUGACCAUGUAAAGGGAUGGUGGGAGAUGAAAGACAGAUACCAGAUUCUCUUCCUCUUCUUUGAGGACAUAAAACGGGACCCAAAGCAAGAAAUUCAGAAAGUGAUGCAGUUCAUGGGAAAGAGCUUGCAUGAAACAGUGCUAGAUAAAAUUGUCCAAGAGACGUCAUUUGAGAAAAUGAAAGAAAAUCCCAUGACAAAUCGAUCUACAGUUCCCAAAUCCAUCCUGGACCCGUCCAUUUCCCCCUUCAUGAGAAAAGGAACUGUGGGGGAUUGGAAAAACCACUUCACUGUGGUUCAGAGUGAAAGAUUUGAUGAAAUCUACAGACAAAAGAUGGAAGACUCAAUAAAUUUCUGCAUGGAACUCUGAACAAGAUGUACAUAGAAAGGUAGAUGACAAGAAUGGGGAAGCUAUCUUCAAUCCUUCAGUGAAGCCCAAAGAAUCUCUGAAAGCAUAUUGUAAAAAUAUACAAUUGUGGUACCACUGUCUCUGUGAUUAUUACCAACCUCAUUUUUCAAAAGGAUCAUGUCUAAUGCUUAUUUUCUCAACCAUCCUUUCCAAAGUAAGAAAUAAAAUGGCUUAAUAAAUAAAAUAAAAUAAAAUAAAAUAAAAUAAAAUAAAA